AUGGAUGACUCUGCAACUUCCCUACCGUCAUCAAUCUGGGCUUCGCUCAACAGCUGGUUCACUUCCACUGUCUUCUUCGUCCUCCUAAACGUCAUGAUUGCCACCAUUGUCUUCACCUCUAACUUACCCAACAACCAUCAACAAAACCGUCAUCAACAAGACCCAGAACAAGAACAAAAACACAAUUCUCAGAACCAUCCAAAUGACCGGAAUCAACCACAAAUCGUCAGAUCUUCCUCCAUCCUCUACCGUCUCAAGUCCUUCAACUUCCUACCCCACAGAUCCCAACAAGAUUUUUCGCCGGAGGACGACCACCACCAAGAACCUUUACAAGUAGCAGCUACACAAUCCGAUCAUACUCCGACAGGCAACGCCAACGCCGCCGCUCAGUUUUCUGCUUUCAAUCAAACCCAUGAAGCACCAAUCCCUUAUUCGGAGACCCAUGUCGUAUGGGAACAUCAACAAACCGUAGAAACAAGGAUGAGUCAUUUCGAUUUCGACCCGACCCAUGAAGAGAUCCGGAGCGAUACGGGCUUUGAAGAUGCUCAUGAAGAUGAACACGCUGAUGAGUUACAGAGUUUGGAUGAGGUGUACAGUAAACUGAAAGGUGGGCAUGACAGAACCAAGUCCGAAAGUGACCUCACAUCGAAGCCACCGGCGAAAAUGAAGAAAUCAGCAAGUCUGAAAGUGGGUUUCGCGCAUCUCGAGGAGGAAGAGAUCGUGGAGUCUCGCCGGCCGGUAACCGUGAGAGAGAGAAAGUCUGCGGCUAGGGUGAUGGAAGAGGAUGACGUCGAAGUCGAUACAAAGGCCGAUAACUUCAUCAACAAGUUCAAGAACGAUCUGAAGUUGCAGAGGAUCGAGUCGAUUAUCCGGACAAAGGGCGCGACAGGUAGAGGGACUGCCAAGUAA